AUGCUGGCCGCCUCCGCCGUCCGUCGGGCCCUGCUGCUCUGCUGGCUCGCGGCCCCCCGGCCCGCCCGGCCCGAGCCACUCUUCCACAGCCGGGACCGCUCGGACCUGGAGCCCGCCCCGCUGCGCCGGGCCCAGCCCAUCGCCGACCCUGUCGCUGCGCAGCGAUUCCUGUCCAAGUACGGCUGGGCCGACGCGCCCCCCGGACCCGGGCCCCGGGGCCCCAGCCCCCACGCGCGGCGCGUGGGCCCCCGGGCCACCGCCCUGGCCGAGGCCGUGCGCAGGUUCCAGAAGGUCAACGCGCUGCCGGCGAGCGGGCGGCUGGACGCGGCCACGCUGGCGGCCAUGAACAGGCCGCGCUGCGGCGUCCCCGACACGCGGCCCCUGCCGCCCCCGGCCCCCGGGCCCCCGUCGCGCCUGCCGCGCCCCGCCCGGCCCAAGCGCUUCCUGCGGCCGCCGCCGCCGCCCGGGGACCCGCAGCCCGAGGGCGCCGCGCCCCGCGGGGGGACCCGGGCCUUCGCCAAGAGGACGCUGACCUGGCGGCUGCUGGGGGAGGGCGCCAGCGGGCAGCUGGCCGUGGACGAGCAGAGGCACAUCCUCAGACUGGCCUUCCGGAUGUGGAGCGAGGUGAUGCCGCUGGACUUCCGGGAGGACCUGGCCGCCCCCGGAGCCGCCGUGGACAUAAAGCUGGGUUUCGGACGAGGCCGGCACCUGGGCUGUCCUCGGGUUUUUGAUGGCAGCGGGCAGGAGUUUGCACAUGCCUGGCGCCUGGGCGACAUCCACUUUGACGAUGAUGAACACUUCACACCUCCCACCAGUGACGCGGGCAUCAGCCUUCUCAAAGUGGCCGUCCAUGAAAUUGGCCACGUACUCGGCCUGCCUCACACCUAUAGAACAGGAUCCAUAAUGCAACCGAACUACAUCCCCCAGGAGCCUGUGUUUGAGUUGGACUGGUCAGACAGAAAAGCAGUUCAAAAACUGUAUGGUUCAUGUGAAGGAUCAUUUGAUACUGCAUUUGACUGGAUUCGCAAAGAGCGAAACCAACAUGGAGCCGUGAUGAUGAGAUUUAGCACCUACUUUUUCCGCAACAGCUGGUACUGGCUUUAUGAAAAUCGAAAUAACCGGACACGCUACGGGGAUCCUAUCCAAAUCCUCCGUGGCUGGCACGGAAUCCCAACACAAAACAUCGACGCUUUUGUCCACCUCUGGACGUGGAGAAGAGACGAACGUUAUUUUUUUAAAGGAGAUCAGUACUGGAGAUAUGACAGUGACAAGGAUCAGGCCUACACAGAAGAUGAACAAGGAAGAAGCUACCCCAAAUUGAUUUCAGAAGGAUUUCCUGGCGUCCCAAGUCCCCUGGACACUGCCUUUUAUGACCGAAGCAAGCAGUUAAUUUACUUCUUCAAAGAGUCCCUUGUGUUUGCAUUUGAUGUCAAUAGAAAUCAAGUACUUGAUUCUUAUCCGAUGAAGAUCACUGAAGUGUUUCCGGGAAUAGACCCAGAGAACCAUCCCUUCAGGAAUAUAGACUCAGCCUAUUACUCCUACGCACACAACGCCAUUUUCUUUUUCAAAGGCAAUGCAUAUUGGAAAGUGGUUAGCGACAGGGACAGACAACAGCAUUCUUGGCUUCCUUCAAAUGGCUUAUUCCCGAAGCAGUCAAUUUCAGAGCGGUGGUUUGACAUUUGUGACGUCCAUACCUCCACCCUGAACAUGUAAUGAGAAAA